AUGUCAUCCUUGGUAGCUGAGAUAAAGGAACAUCAGGAUGAAGAUCCUGUUCUAGUCCAUUAUCGGGAUACAACUCCUCAAAAAGAAAAGACACCCUUCGUGUUCACAGGAGAUGUGCUCAGGUAUCGAGGUAGAUUAUGCGUUCCUAAUGUUGCAGGCCUUCAUCAGCAAGUUAUGGGGGAAGCCCAUUAUUCUCACUAUUCUAUCCAUCCGGGCACAACAAAGAUGAAUCAUGAUCUCAAAGAAGUUUAUUGGUGGGAUGAUAGAGAGGCGCAGUUCAAAGCUAAUUUCUGGAGAUCUUUUCAGGAUGCUCAGGUAUUGGGCGGAUUAAAAGUUGAGCAAUUGAAGAGAAAAUGUUUCAAGGAAAGUGAAGUACGAGCACCAGAGAUCCGGGGUACACCUCAAAGGAUGCCCAUUCCCGAGUGGAAGUGGGAGAAGAUAGAGAUGGACUUUGUGGUUAGUCUUCCGAAGACCUUGGUUACCACUCGAGCAUUGACAUGGCCCCAUUUGAGGCUCUAUAUGGGAGGAGAUGUAGGUCUCAUAUUGGGUGGUUUUGAUGUUUUCGAGGUAAGGCCAUGGGGUACAGAUCUUUUGAGGGAGUCAUUAGAUAAAGUCAAGGUGAUUCAAGAAAAGCUCUUGGCAGUUCAGAGUAGACAGAACGAGUAUGCGGAAUCGAAAGGUCCGAGUUCUUGA